CACUGCCCUCCCAACCUCAAUUACGCACACCAAGUGCAUGCAUCGCUGCCUACAGAUCCAGGAGCUUCUCUCAAUCAUCUUCCGAUAUGUCCGCACCCGAGAAACGCUAGCACGACUCGCGAGGACGUGCACAGAGUUUCGAGAUCCAGCCUUGAACGUGAUUUGGCACACUCAAAGUACUCUCCUCCCUUUAUUCAAAUGUCUUCCGCGGGACGCCUGGGUCAUGAAAAACAAAAAAUUUCGUAUCACCAGGAAGCUUACCGCGCCUGACUUUGAAAGAAUCUAUUUCUAUCGUCAUAGAGUCAAAGUUUUUCGUCAGAAUGGCUACUCGCCUCCUGCGGAUCUUGAAGAUCAAGUCCUAGCCGUUAUCUGGCCGCGAAAACCGUCUCCAGGUCCUCUUCUGUGCAAUGUGUCGGAAGCUGAAUUGAAUGGCAACAGUUUCAACGGUCUUGCCAUUUAUGCUCGCCUCAUAAUCAGCCCCUGUAUCAGGAAGUUAAAAGUGAUACUUCCGUUAAACUCGUUUGCGUGGUCAAAUGUGAUUGCCAUGCUGAGGAAAGCUGCACCAUUGGAUCUCUCAAGUUUUAUGGUGUUUGGGAGGGCUCGCGGUUCACCAUGUUUGGAGUCUGAGUCAUUGGAACUCUUGUCGACUCUUCACAGUGUUAGGACACUGGCCAUCACUGAAAUAUUCCUCACAUGCCAUGCCAUAAACAUGAUUGGCACACUCCCUGCGCUAGAAGAUCUCAGGCUUUCGAUUACCGAACAGCAGAUGCAGCUUUACAGUCCGCCCAAUGGGAACAACUUCCCGCUCCUCACUCGCCUGGAGAUCUGCUCAGAUACUAUGAAUGCCUGUCAAUUGCUGCUGAUGAAAAUACAGUUAAGGACGCUGCGGUCCUUGAAAGUUGAACAAACCGGGGUCGUCCACUGGCACGUGAGAAGGUUCUUUGAAACUCUCCAUGCAUGCAACCUAGUGCCAAUGUUGGAAAGCUUAAUCCUACACAAUUUUCUCGCCCAGUCUUUCGUGAUAGAUGCUAGCACGUUUGAAGGCCUGGAUUCCUACAAGCAUUUGCGCGAACUGUCGAUCUCUCCGACUCGCGUUGAGCUGGAUGAUAACCAUCUCAUGCAACUUGCCAAGGCAUUGCCUCAUUUGCAUCUACUCAUCUUCAAUGAAGAAUACACAGAAAUCGUCCCGAAAUGCACAUUCGCCGGACUGCAGCACCUCGUUCGGUUUUGCCCAAAGCUGGAAAGCUUAACCCUUCGCAUAGAUGCACGUCAAAUCCCAAUAUUCUCUACUCAGCCCGACGGGGAGUAUCCUUUGGGUCUCCACCUUACCACCCUUGAUCUGUGCACCGCGCCAGUUUCGAAUGCUUGCGAUGUUGCAUCUUAUCUGCUCAUGUUAUUCCCAGCCCUUACAGAAUUUUCGACUGACUUUGAUUGUGUUGAUUAUGAUCGUGAUGACGAUGUAGUCAAGAGGUACUGUACAAUUUGGUCGAAG